AUGGCGCACAGCUGUCGGUGGCGCUUCCCCGCCCGGCCCGGGACCACCGGGGGCGGCGGCGGCGGGGGGCGCCGGGGCCUAGGGGGCGCCCCGCGGCAACGCGUCCCAGCCCUACUGCUUCCCCCCGCGCCCCCGGCCGGCGGCGGGGGCCCCGGGACGCCCCCCUCCCCCCCGGCCGUGGCGGCGGCCGCGGCGGCGGCGGGAAGCAGCGGGGCCGGGGCUCCGGGGGGAGCGGCAGCCGCUUCUGCAGCCCCGUCGUCGUCGUCCGCUUCGUCUGCGUCUUCGUCGUUGUCCUCAGCCUCCUCAGGGCCGGCCCUGCUGCGAGUGGGCCCCGGCUUCGACGCGGCGCUGCAGGUCUCGGCCGCCAUCGGCACCAAUCUGCGCCGGUUCCGGGCCGUAUUCGGGGAGAGCGGCGGGGGAGGCGGCAGCGGAGAGGAUGAGCAGUUCUUAGGUUUUGGCUCAGAUGAAGAAGUCAAAGUGCGAAGUCCCACCAGGUCUCCUUCAGUUAAAUCUAGUCCUCGAAAACCUCGUGGGAGACCCAGAAGCAUCUCUGAACGAAAUUCAGCUAUCCUGUCAGAUUCUUCACCUGUGUUUUCCCCUCUAAGCAAACCAGAGACUAAAUCUGGAGAGAAAAUAAAGAAGAAAGAUUCUAAAAGUGGAGAAAAGAGAAGAGGAAGACCUCCAACCCUUAGCAGUGUCAAAUUCAAAUUAUCACAAGGAAAGGACAUAUCAGACUUAUCAAAGGGUAGCAAAGAAGAUACCUUAAAAAAAAUUAAACGGACACCUUCUGCUACGUUUCAGCAAGCAGCAAAAAUAAAAAAGUUGAGAGCUGGUAAACUCUCCCCUCUCAAGUCUAAGUUUAAAACAGGAAAGCUUCAGAUUGGAAGGAAAGGGGUACAGAUUGUCCGAAGGCGAGGAAGACCUCCAUCAUCAGAACGGAUAAAGACAGAUUCAACACCUCUCAUUAACUCUCAGCUGGAAAAGCCCCAAAGGGUCCGGAAAGAGAAGGAUGGUACACCACCACUUACAAAAGAAGAAAAGACAGCUGUCAGACAAAGCCCUCGAAGGAUUAAGCCUGUUAGGAUUAUUCCUUCCACCAAAAGGACAGAUGCAACAAUUGCUAAGCAACUUUUGCAGAGGGCAAAAAAGGGAGCUCAGAAGAAGAUUGAGAAAGAAGCAGCUCAGCUGCAAGGAAGAAAGGUGAAAACACAGGUCAAAAACAUCCGACAGUUCAUCAUGCCUGUUGUCAGUGCUAUCUCCUCAAGGAUCAUUAAAACCCCUCGUCGGUUUAUCGAAGAUGAAGAUUAUGACCCUCCAAUUAAAAUUGCUCGACUAGAGUCUACACCAAACAGUAGGUUCAGUGCUACAUCCUGUGGAUCCUCUGAAAAAUCAAGUGCAGCUUCACAGCACUCUUCUCAAAUGUCUUCUGACUCUUCUCGAUCUAGCAGUCCCAGUGUCGAUACAUCCACAGAUUCUCAGGUCUCUGAGGAGAUGCAGGCACUUUCUGAAGAACGGAGCAAUACUCCAGAUGUACAUGCUCCAUUACCUAUUUCUCAGUCCCCGGAAAAUGAUAACAGUGAUAGGAGGAGUAGAAGGUUUUCAAUCUCAGAGAGAAGCUUUGGGUCUAGAGCUUCUAAAAAAUUAUCAGCCUUGCAAAGUGCCCCCCAGCAACAAACCUCUUCCUCUCCACCUCCACCAUUACUCACUCCUCCACCACCACUACAGCCAGCUUCCAGUAUUCCUGACCACACAUCUUGGCUUAUGCCUCCAACAAUCCCCUUAGCGUCACCGUUUUUGCCUGCCUCUGCUGCCCCCAUACAAGAGAAACGAAAGUCUAUUUUACGAGAACCAACAUUCAGGUGGACCUCUCUAAAGCAUUCUCGGUCAGAGCCACAGUACUUUUCCUCAGCGAAGUAUGCCAAAGAAGGUCUUAUCCGCAAACCAAUUUUUGAUAACUUUCGACCCCCUCCACUGACUCCUGAGGAUGUUGGCUUUGCUUCUGGUUUUUCAACUUCUGGUUCUACUGCUCCGGCCCAGCUAUUUUCAGCACUCCAUUCUGGAACUAGGUUUGAUAUGCACAAAAGAAGUCCUCUUCUAAGAGCUCCCAGAUUUACUCCAAGUGAGGCCCACUCCAGAAUCUUUGAGUCAGUAACUUUGCCUAGUAAUCGAACAUCUGCUGGAACUUCACCUACAGGGGGAUCUAAUAGAAAAAGGAAAAGAAGGGUGUUCAGCCCUAUCAGAUCUGAACCAAGAUCUCCUUCUCAUUCCAUGAGGACAAGAAGUGGAAGGCUUAGUACUUCUGAGCUAUCACCUCUCACCCCACCAUCUUCUGUCUCUUCCUCAUUAAGCAUUUCUGUUAGUCCUCUUGCCACUAGUGCCUUAAACCCAACUUUUGCUUUUCCUUCCCAUUCCCUGACACAGUCUGGGGAAUCUUCGGAGAAAAAUCAGAGACCAAGGAAGCAGACUAGCACUCCAGCAGAGCCAUUCUCAUCCAGUAGUCCUACUCCUCUCUUCCCCUGGUUCACGAAGAGCUCUCAGACAGAAAGAGGGAGAAACAAAGACAGGGCCACUGAGGAACUGUCCAAAGAGCGAGAUGUUGACAAGAGUAUGGAGAAGGACAAAAACAGAGAGAGAGACCGAGAGAGGGAAAAAGAGAACAAGCGGGAAUCAAGGAAAGAAAAAAGGAAAAAGGGGUCAGAAAUUCAGAGUAGCUCUGCUUUGUUUCCCAUAGGUAGAGUUUCCAAAGAGAAGGUUGUUGAAGAUGUUGCCACUUCAUCUUCUGUCAAAAAAGCUGCAGGGCGGAAGAAAUCUUCAUCACUUGAUCCUGGGACAGACAUUGCCACUGUGGCUCUUGGGGAUACAACAGCUGUCAAAACCAAAAUACUUGUUAAGAAAGGGAAAGGAAGCCUUGAUAAAACCAACUUGGACAUUGCCCCUGUUGCACCAUCCCUGGAGAAGGAGAAAGCACUCUGCCUUUCUGCUUCUUCAUCAAGCACUGUUAAACAUUCCACUUCCUCCAUUGGCUCCAUGUUGGCUCAGGCAGACAAGCUUCCAGUGGCUGACAAGAGAGUAGCCAGCCUUCUGAGAAAGGCCAAAGCCCAGCUUUAUAAGAUUGAGAAAAGCAAGACUCUCAAGCAAGCUGACCAGCCCAAAGCACAGGGUCAAGAAAGUGAUUCAUCAGAGACAUCUGUUCGAGGACCCCGGAUAAAACAUGUUUGUAGAAGGGCUGCUGUUGCCCUUGGCCGAAAGCGAGCAGUGUUUCCUGAUGACAUGCCCACCCUGAGUGCCUUACCAUGGGAAGAACGAGAAAAGAUUUUGUCUUCCAUGGGAAAUGAUGACAAGUCAUCAAUUGCCGGCUCAGAAGAUGCUGAACCUCUUGCUCCACCCAUCAAGCCAAUUAAGCCUGUCACCAGGAAUAAGGCACCUCAAGAACCUCCAGUGAAGAAAGGGCGGAGAUCAAGGAGAUGUGGGCAGUGCCCAGGCUGUCAGGUGCCUGAGGACUGUGGUGUUUGUACUAAUUGCCUAGAUAAGCCCAAAUUUGGUGGCCGAAACAUAAAGAAACAGUGCUGCAAGAUGAGGAAAUGCCAGAACCUUCAAUGGAUGCCUUCCAAAGCCUACCUGCAGAAGCAGGCUAAAGCUGUGAAAAAGAAAGAGAAGAAGUCCAAGACCAGUGAAAAGAAAGAGAGCAACGUUGUAAAAAAUGUUGUGGACCCUAGCCAGAAAACAGCUCCACCAGCAAGAGAGGAUCAUGCCUCAAAGAAAAGCAGUGAACCUCCCCCCCGAAAACCUGUGGAAGAAAAGAAUGAGGAUGGAAAUGCGUCUACUCCAGGGGCUGAUUCUAAACAAUCCAGCACUUCUGCUACUAGGAAGACUGGCAAGCAGGUCUCCCAGCCAGUGCAGGUCAUUCCUCCACAGCCACCUAGCACAGCACCACUAAAAAAGGAAGCUCCCAAGACCACUCCUAGUGAGCCCAAGAAAAAGCAGCCGCCACCACCCCCACCCCCACCACCUCCACCACCUCCUCCACCUCCUCCACCACCUCCAGAAUCAGUACCCGAACAAAGCAAGUCGAAAAAAGUAGCUCCUCGCCCAAGUAUUCCUGUGAAACAGAAACCAAAAGAAAAGGAAAAACCACCUCCAGUCAGUAAGCAAGAGAAUGGCACUCUGAAUAUACUCAACACCCUCUCCAAUGGAAAUAGUUCCAAGCAAAAGUUGCCAGCCGAUGGAGUCCACCGGAUCAGAGUAGACUUUAAGGAAGACUGUGAAGUGGAAAAUGUGUGGGAGAUGGGUGGUCUAGGCAUCUUGACCUCAGUUCCUAUAACUCCCAGAGUGGUUUGCUUUCUCUGUGCCAGCAGUGGACAUGUAGAGUUUGUAUAUUGCCAAGUCUGUUGUGAGCCCUUCCACAAAUUCUGUUUGGAGGAGAAUGAGCGCCCUCUAGAGGACCAGUUGGAAAACUGGUGUUGUCGUCGCUGCAAGUUCUGUCAUGUGUGUGGAAGACAACACCAGGCUACAAAGCAGCUGCUGGAGUGUAAUAAGUGCCGAAACAGCUAUCACCCUGAGUGCCUGGGACCAAACUACCCAACCAAGCCCACCAAGAAAAAGAAAGUUUGGAUCUGUACCAAGUGUGUUCGAUGCAAGAGCUGUGGAUCUACAACUCCAGGCAAAGGGUGGGAUGCACAGUGGUCUCAUGAUUUUUCACUGUGCCAUGAUUGUGCCAAACUCUUUGCUAAAGGAAACUUCUGCCCACUUUGUGACAAGUGUUACGAUGAUGACGACUAUGAGAGCAAGAUGAUGCAGUGUGGGAAAUGUGAUCGAUGGGUUCACUCCAAGUGUGAAAACCUUUCAGAUGAAAUGUAUGAGAUCCUCUCCAACCUGCCUGAGAGUGUGGCCUAUACCUGUGUGAACUGCACAGUGCGGCAUCCUGCCGAGUGGAGGUUGGCUUUAGAAAAAGAACUCCAGAUUUCUUUGAAGCAGGUUUUGACGGCAUUGUUGAAUUCUCGAACCACCAGCCACUUACUGCGCUAUAGACAGGCUGCCAAACCCCCUGACUUAAAUCCAGAAACGGAGGAGAGUAUACCUUCCCGAAGCUCCCCAGAAGGACCUGAUCCACCUAUUCUGACUGAGGUUAGCAAGCAGGAAGAACAGCAGCCUUUGGACCUGGAAGGAGUAAAGAAGAAAAUGGACCAAGGAGGUUACACCUCUGUGUUGGAAUUCAGUGAUGAUAUCGUGAAGAUAAUUCAAGCAGCUAUCAAUUCAGAUGGAGGGCAGCCAGAGAUUAAAAAAGCUAAUAGCAUGGUCAAGUCCUUCUUCAUUCGGCAAAUGGAACGUGUUUUCCCUUGGUUCAGUGUCAAAAAGUCCAGGUUUUGGGAACCAAAUAAAGUUACAAGCAACAGUGGAAUGUUGCCAAAUGCAGUGCUACCACCUUCACUUGACCAUAACUAUGCUCAGUGGCAAGAAAGAGAAGAGAACAGCCACACUGAGCAACCUCCUUUGAUGAAGAAAAUCAUUCCAGCUCCUAAACCAAAAGGCCCUGGAGAACCAGACUCACCAAUUCCUCUGCAUCCUCCUACACCACCAAUCUUAAAUACAGACCGGAGCCGGGAGGACAGUCCUGAGCUGAACCCACCCCCAGGCGUAGAAGAUAAUCGACAAUGUGCAUUAUGCUUGAUGUAUGGUGAUGAUAAUGCUAAUGAUGCUGGCCGCUUGCUCUACAUUGGUCAGAAUGAGUGGACCCAUGUGAACUGUGCUUUGUGGUCAGCAGAGGUGUUUGAAGAUGACGAUGGAUCGCUAAAGAAUGUGCACAUGGCUGUGAUCAGAGGCAAACAAUUGAGAUGUGAGUACUGCCAAAAGCCGGGGGCCACUGUAGGUUGCUGCCUCACAUCCUGCACUAGCAACUAUCACUUCAUGUGUUCCCGAGCCAAGAAUUGUGUCUUUCUGGAUGAUAAAAAAGUUUAUUGCCAACGACAUCGGGAUUUGAUCAAAGGAGAGGUGGUUCCCGAGAAUGGAUUUGAAGUUCUUAGAAGAGUAUUUGUAGACUUUGAAGGCAUCAGCUUGAGAAGGAAAUUUCUCAGUGGCCUAGAACCAGAAAAUAUCCACAUGAUGAUUGGCUCAAUGACAAUUGACUGUUUAGGAAUUCUAAAUGAUCUCUCUGACUGUGAAGAUAAGCUUUUUCCUAUUGGAUAUCAAUGUUCUAGGGUGUAUUGGAGCACCACAGAUGCCCGAAAGCGCUGUGUGUAUACAUGCAAGAUAGUGGAAUGCCGUCCUCCAGUUGUAGAGCCAGAUAUCAACAGUACCGUUGAACAUGAUGAAAAUAGGACCAUUGCUCAUAGUCCUACCUCUCUCACAGAAAUUCCACCGAGAGAAAUUCGCAAUACAGCCGAAAUUAGAAAUCCUCCAUCCCCAGAUCGACCUUCUCACUCACAUACCUCCAGUUCCUGUUUCUAUCAUGUCAUCUCAAAAGUCCCCAGAAUCCGAAUGCCCAGCUAUUCUCCAACACAGAGAUCCCCUGGUUGUCGUCCAUUGCCUUCUGCUGGAAGUCCUACCCCAACUACCCAUGAGAUAGUCACAGUGGGAGACCCCUUACUCUCUUCUGGGCUUCGAAGCAUUGGAUCCAGACGUCACAGCACUUCCUCUCUGUCACCCCAGCGGUCCAAAUUCCGGAUAAUGUCCCCAAUGAGAGCUGGGAGUGCUUAUUCCCGUCACAGUGUGUCCUCUAUCUCCAGCAUUGGUACCUCCACUGAUCAUGAUUCAAGUAUAAAAACAAUUGACCAUUUUCUAGGGUCAUUGAAUCCAAGCACCCCAAAUACUUUGAGUCAAAGUACUCCAACUUCUUCGAGUUCUCAAAGGACAUUGGUUACAGUUGGGACUAAAGCAAGUCAUAUGGAUGGACCUCCACCUUCAGAAAUGAAACAUAUCAGUGCUGCAGACUUGUCAACUAAAAGCUCCUCCUUGAAAGGAGAGAAGGGCAAAAUGUUGAAUUCCAAGGGCUCUGAGGGAUCAACACACACCCUGGCUUAUGCAGGGAAUCCUAAACCGGUCCCCCAGGUUCAUAAUACAGCAUCUGGAGAGGUAAAUGUCAGUAAAGUGGGCACUUUUGUUGAAUCUUCUUCAGUAUCAUUUUCUUCCAAAGAGGCCCUUUCCUUUCCGCCACUUCAUUUGAGGGGACAAAAGAAGGAAAGAGACCAACAUUCAAACUCUACCCAGCCAGAAAACCUUUCUCCAGGUGAAGACAUAGAAACUAAAGCAUUGAAGCCACCUGGGGUGAACAGCAGAUCGUCUAUUGCAAAUGAACAAGUGACAUCUAUUUCUAGAGAUAGAAGGCAGAAAGGGAAAAAAUCUGGCAAAGACACUUUCAAAGAGAAACAUUCCAUUAAGUCUUUUCUAGAUGCUGGUCAGGUAAUAUCUGUUGAGGAAGGAAACCUAAAGCCAGAGUUUGUCAAUCAGGUUUUGACAUCCGAACAUAUAAGUCAACGAUCUUGUAAUAAUAUUUCUUCUGAAAAGAGUGGAGAUAAGGUCCUUCCUAUUUCAGGGAGCAGCAAAGCUCCAUCUGUGCAGUUGGAAGGACCAGCCAAGGAAUCACAGACACCUCGGAAACGUACAGUCAAAGUAACCUUGACACCACUGAAAAUGGAAAGUGAGAGCCCAUCCAAAAAUACAUUGAAAGAAAUUGUUCCUGUUUCUCCAUCUCAAGGAAUGGAAUCAACAGUUUUGGCAGAAUCAUCUUCAACCUCAGAAAGCCCAGGAGAUGCCUCUGUGGCACAGCCCAGCCCCAAUGAUACUUCAUCGCAAGAAUCUCAGAGUAACACCUAUCCAGAUCUUCCUGUCCAGGAGAGAAACUUGAUGCUCCAAGAUGGAACCAAGCCUCAAGAAGACAGUUCCUACAAGAGGAGAUACCCUCGUCGUAGUGCCCGAGCACGCUCUAAUAUGUUUUUUGGACUUACCCCUCUAUAUGGAGUGAGAUCCUAUGGGGAGGAAGAUAUUCCGUUCUUUAGCAGUUCUUCAGGCAAGAAACGAGGAAAGAGGUCAGCUGAAGGACAGGUGGAUGGAGCUGAUGAUUUAAGUACCUCAGAUGAAGAUGAUUUAUACUACUAUAACUUCACCAGGACAGUGAUUUCUUCAAGUGGGGAGGAACGAUUAGGAUCCCAUAAUUUAUUUCGGGAGGAAGAGCAAUGUGACCUCCCCAAGAUUUCACAGCUAGAUGGUGUGGAUGAUGGGACAGAAAGUGAUACUAGUGUUACAACCACAGCAAGGAAAGUCAAUCAGAUCCCCAAAAGAAAUGGAAAAGAAAAUGGGACAGAGAACUUAAAGCUUGAUCGUGCUGAAGAUUCUGGGGAAAAGGAACAUGUCAUCAAGGGCUCGACUGGUCAUAAAACUAAUGAGCCAAAGAUAGACAACUGCCAUCCUGUAAGCAGGGUGAAAACCCAAGGACAGGAUUCCCUGGAGGCCCAGCUCAGCUCACUGGAAUCUGGCCGUAGGGUCCACACAAGUACCCCUUCAGAUAAAAACUUGCUAGAUACUUAUAACACUGAACUUCUGAAAUCUGAUUCUGACAACAACAAUAGUGAUGACUGUGGGAACAUCCUGCCCUCAGAUAUCAUGGACUUUGUAUUAAAGAAUACUCCAUCCAUGCAGGCUUUAGGAGAGAGUCCAGAGUCAUCUUCAUCUGAACUCCUGACUCUUGGGGAAGGAUUGGGUCUUGAUAGCAACCGUGGGAAAGAUAUGGGUCUCUUUGAAGUGUUUUCUCAGCAGCUACCAACAGCAGAGCCUGUGGACAGUAGCGUGUCUUCCUCUAUAUCAGCAGAGGAACAGUUUGAGUUGCCUUUAGAGCUCCCUUCAGACCUCUCUGUCCUAACUACCCGAAGCCCCACUGUCCCCAGCCAGAACCCAAACAGACUGGCGGUAAUCUCAGACACGGGAGAGAAGAGAGUGACAAUCACAGAAAAAUCUGUGGCCUCAACCGAAGGUGACUCAGCACUGUUGAGUCCAGGAGUAGAUCCAACGCCAGAAGGCCACAUGACCCCAGAUCACUUCAUCCAAGGGCACAUGGAUGCAGACCAUAUUGCUAGCCCUCCCUGUGGUUCAGUGGAACAAGGACAUGGCAACAACCAGGACUUAACUAGAAACAGCAGCACUCCUAGCCUUCAGGUUCCUGUUUCUCCUACUGUUCCCCUUCAGAAUCAGAAAUAUGUUCCCAGUUCUACAGAUAGCCCUGGCCCAUCUCAGAUUUCAAAUGCAGCUGUCCAGACCACUCCACCCCACAUGAAACCAGCCACCGAAAAACUACUUGUUGUCAACCAGAAUAUGCAACCACUUUAUGUUCUCCAAACCCUUCCAAAUGGAGUGACUCAAAAAAUACAGCUGACCCCCUCAGUUAGUUCUGCCCCCAGUGUGAUGGAAACCAAUACUUCAGUGCUUGGGCCCAUGGGCAGUGGUCUCACUUUAGCCACAGGACUAAAUCCAAGUUUGCCAUCAUCUCAGUCUUUGUUCCCCCCUUCUAGCAAAGGAUUGCUCCCCAUGACUCAUCACCAGCACUUACAUUCCUUUCCUGCAGCUACUCAAAGUAGUUUCCCUCCCAAUAUGAAUAAUCCUACUUCAGGCCUGUUAAUUGGUGUCCAGCCUCCUCCAGAUCCCCAACUUUUAGUUUCAGAAACUAAUCAGAGGACGGACCUCAAUACCACUGCAACCACUCCACCUCCUGGGCUAAAGAAAAGGCCCAUAUCUCGCCUGCACUCUCGAAAGAAUAAAAAACUUGCUCCUUCAAGCACUUCAUCGUCUAUUGCCCCUUCUGAUAUGGUCUCUAACAUGACUCUGAUUAAUUUUACACCCUCCCAGCUUUCAAACCAUCCAAGUCUAUUGGAUUUGGGAUCACUUGGAAAUACCACCUCCCACCGAACAGUCCCCAACAUCAUCAAAAGGUCUAAGUCUGGUAUUAUGUACUUUGAACAAGCACCUUUGUUACCACAGAAUGUGGGAGGAGCUGCUGCUUCAACAGUUGGGACAUCAACAAUAGGCCCAGAUACCAGCCACCUCACAGCAGGACCUGUAUCUGGUUUGGCAUCAGGUUCGUCUGUUCUUAAUGUUGUUUCCAUGCAAGCUACAACAGCCCCUACCACUGGUGGAUCCGUUCCAGGACAUGUCUUGGGGCAGGGCUCAGUUACAUUAACCAGCCCAAGGUUGCUUGGUGCCCCAGACAUUGGCUCAAUAAGCAACCUCUUAAUCAAAGCCAGUCAACAGAGCCUGGGACUUCAGGAGCAGCCCAUGACAUUGCCACCGGGAUCAGGAAUGUUUCCACAGCUGGGAACAUCACAGACCCCCGCCACUGCUGCAAUGACAGCUGCAUCCAGUAUUUGUGUGCUUCCUUCCACCCAGACUGUGGGUAUGACAGUUGCCCCUUCAUCUAAUGAACCAGAAGGAUCCUAUCAGCUUCAGCACAUGACCCAACUCCUUGCCAGCAAAACUGGGAUUCUCCCCUCCCAGUUGGACGUUGCUUCAACUUCAGGGAGCCAAUUGUCCAGCUUUCCCCAGCUGGUUGAUGUUCCCAGCAAUACAGGAAUAGAGCAGAACAAGGCUUCACCCUCAGUUAUGCAUGCUAGCUCAGCCUCUCCUGGGGGUUCCCCAUCUUCUGGCCAACAGUCAGCAAGCAGCUCAGUGCUUGGCCCCACCAAGUCCAGGCCAAAAGUCAAACGAAUUCAGCUGCCUUUGGACAAGGGGAAUGGUAAGAAGCACAAGGUUUCCCACAUGCGGACCAGUUCCUCUGAAGCACACAUUCCAGAUUCAGAAGCCAACUCUACAUCCCUGACCUCAGUGACAGGGACUCCAGUAUCAAAGUCAGAUGUUCAGGAUACAACUAACAUGGAUCAGUCAUCACAAAAGGAUUGUGGACAGUCUACAAGGCAAGUGACUUCAAUUCAGGAAGAACUGCCAGCACAGAAUUCAACAAAUGAGCAAGAAAGUGCAGAACCCAAAGUAACUGAAGAGGAAGAAAGCAACUUCAGUUCUCCACUGAUGUUUUGGUUACAGCAAGAACAGAAGAGAAAGGAAAGCAUUGGAGAGAAAAAGCCAAAGAAAGGGCUUGUUUUUGAAAUAUCAAGUGAUGAUGGUUUUCAAAUUUGUGCAGAAAGUAUUGAAGAUGCGUGGAAGUCAUUGACAGAUAAAGUUCAGGAAGCUCGAUCCAAUGCUCGUCUAAAGCAGCUUUCAUUUGCAGGUGUGAAUGGCUUGAAGAUGCUAGGGAUUCUUCAUGAUGCAGUCGUGUUCCUAAUUGAGCAGCUUUCUGGGGCCAAGCAUUGUCGAAAUUAUAAGUUUCGAUUCCACAAACCAGAGGAGGCCAAUGAACCUCCCCUGAAUCCUCAUGGUUCAGCCAGAGCUGAAGUUCACCUGAGGAAGUCAGCAUUUGACAUGUUUAACUUCCUGGCUUCUAAACAUCGACAGCCUCCUGAAUAUAACCCCAAUGAUGAGGAAGAAGAGGAGGUACAGCUGAAGUCAGCUAGAAGGGCGACUAGCAUGGAUUUGCCCAUGCCCAUGCGUUUCCGGCACUUAAAGAAGACUUCCAAGGAAGCAGUUGGGGUUUACAGGUCUCCCAUCCAUGGCCGGGGUCUUUUCUGUAAGAGAAACAUCGAUGCAGGUGAGAUGGUGAUUGAGUAUGCAGGCAACGUCAUCCGUUCCAUACAGACUGACAAGCGAGAGAAGUAUUAUGAGAGCAAGGGCAUUGGCUGCUACAUGUUCCGCAUUGAUGACUCAGAGGUAGUGGAUGCCACCAUGCAUGGGAAUGCUGCACGAUUUAUCAACCAUUCAUGCGAGCCCAACUGCUACUCUCGGGUCAUCAACAUUGAUGGGCAGAAGCACAUUGUCAUCUUUGCAAUGCGUAAGAUCUACCGUGGAGAGGAACUCACUUAUGACUAUAAGUUCCCCAUUGAGGAUGCCAGCAAUAAGCUGCCCUGCAAUUGUGGCGCGAAAAAAUGCCGAAAGUUCUUAAACUAACGUUGCUCUUUUUCCCAUUCCUCAUUGUGGGAGUUGCAAGACCCAGGGCCACCCAAAGCAAUGCUGAAGGCUUUUUGCUGCAGCCGAGGGUUUCAGGAUUAGGUGGUCUCAGUUGAGGGGCCUCCAUUAUGGCUGAGCUCCCUUCCCUUAUGUCCCAUCUUCACAUCAUGCAGUGUGGUCAUAAUCCUGGUGAGAAGUGAGGUCAUGAAGAGAAGAUUGGUGAUGGACUUUCUUCCUGGCUCCUCUGGAAUUCGCACACCAUUAUGAGGAGGGAAAGGGGCCCCAAACAGAUUUGCCUGGAGAGAGCCUAUAAAGGGUUGUGUCAGGAGAAUGGAAUUUUCCUGAUCAUCUCGGAUGGGGAAGUUGUUAUCUUGCUGCCAGCCUCUGCUUGGCCCAUUUCCUAAGCACUGUUAGUGAGGUGGCCAGAGUGGCCAAGCAGGGUCAAGAGAACAGUAUAGGUCAGGCACCUCAGAUGUAGGCCUAGCCUACAUGCAUCUCUCGAUUGAAAGAAAUGUUUAAAUGGUUUUUCCUUAGUGCCCUCCCACCUACGAAUUCAUUUCUGGUCAAGAGGCAAGAAUUCUAGCGCCUUUGUUGACCAAAAGGGCUGUUUUGGGGUUGUGCCAAUGAAUUACCAAACAUUUGAGCCUGUCUAUAGGCUUUGUAGUGGGAGUGUUACCCCCAUAAGCCUUAUCUCAGCCAGUUACUUUUCUUGACAGUAGGAGCAGCUUCCUUCCCUCUCCCAUUCCUUCUCUUCAUUCUACUUUUCUUCCUUUUCUUUUGGCUUCUAUUCUGCCACUUCUCCAUUCUUCUUUCUGGAUGGUGGGUGAAGUUGCCUCCCUAUUCAAGAACACACACCCCACUGGACACAGUUUUUGUCUACAAAAAAAUCCUUUGAGCCAGUAAGCACUCUAGAAGGGAUAUGGACAUGAGCCACUAAAAUAGAUAAAUCCGGGAGGAAUCUUUACCAGCCCAAAUUCCAGUGGAAAUUGAAAGAAACAUCGGAAAAAGGAAAACGUAGCACAGGUUUUUUAAGAGGGAAAAAUAUUUAAAUAGUAUUUGAAUCAUGCAGCUCACUAAGAAUUUCAUAUCCAAGUUGAUGACAUCCUCCCCCAUCCCAAGCCCCCAUCGCUAGGAUACAGAUACUUUGAUUUAUCUUUGCUAAGACAUAGGAAGGCCAAAUUCCUAAAUGGUCAAUCUCCAUUGAAAGCUAAAGACAGAACACUAAGGUUGCAAGACCCCGAGGGAGUAUGAUAUUAUGUGUUGAGGGAG